AUGGCGGGACUUCUAGAUGUGGCCUAUAGGAUCGCACUGCUGUGUUUGGUCAUCCACGCCAAAUGGAACCCUGACGCUACCGACGUGGGUGUUGCCCGUGGCAAUCCGAACGUGAGGAUCAUGCCACCGACCGUAGACACCAAGCACGGCUCCAUUGUGGGAAAGCAGGUGGAACUCCUCGGCAAAAGAAUAAACGUAUUCUUGGGCAUCCCUUACGCCCAGGCGCCCGUUGGGGACCUUAGGCUCCGGAAGCCAGUACCCUAUCCACCGUGGAACGUCACGCUUAACGCGACACGUCGGCCGCACCAGUGUCGACAAAACCCACAUGAAUGGCCUCCGUUGCCCGGGAAGUCUUCAAACUGCAGCGAAGACUGUCUUUAUCUCAAUGUAUGGGCUCCGGCGGACGUGGUCCCGGGUGAACUCAGAGCCGUAAUGGUGUGGAUUCAUGGCGGAGACUUCAUCCUCGGUUCGUCUAGCUGGGAUUACUAUGACGGCUCGAUGCUGGCUGCGUACGGGGAAGUUGUGGUCGUCUCCAUGAACUACCGGUUAGGACGUCUCGGCUUUCUGAACGCGGGCUCUGACCAGGCUCCCGGAAACCAGGGGCUAUAUGACCAGAACUUAGCUUUACAGUGGGUGAGGGACAACAUAUUCUACUUCGGCGGCAACGAGAGUGCUGUGACGCUUUUUGGACAGGACGCAGGAGCGGCUUCAAUCGCGAUGCACAUGAUGUCCCCGGUCAGCUCCGGACUCUUCAAACGCGCCAUCAUGCAGAGUGGAGGUGCGUUCUGGAAGCUGAGAGAAAGUUCCAUGUGGUCUGGUCACGUCCCUCUCGGUACAAAGGCUGUUAAAAAGGCCAGAAAUUGUACAGCCAGGACAAAAAAGCAAUUUGAUGAUUUUGAGAAAACCAUGAUCGAAGCCGAAUUGCGAAUCAAAAAGGGUGUCGAAGACGUGUACCACAUGUACGGUCCAACCUUUGACAACGAGUUCCUUCCGCUGAAUCCACAUAUGGCCUACAGCAUGGGGUUGUUCAAUGAAGUGGACGUUCUGGUGGGAUCUAACGGAAACGAGGGCGCCUGGGAAUUUCUACGCCACAUGAAAUGGAGGAACUUUGUGGAUUCUUCUGAGUUUACCUCGCUGAAGCUGUUGAACUACAUAAAGCAGUUUUUCGGCGAAUACAGGUUCAAGAGACUAAUUGGCUUUCCAGCAAUGGAAGGAGUGUACUACUACUUCGCUUCCAAUCUGAGAGGCUUAGAUGUGCUCCACAACCGACAGUAUGUGUUUGACUUUAUCGGCGAUUAUUUGUACACAUGCCCCACCAACUACUUCGCAGAGGCCCUCGGGGACCACAACACGACGGUGUACUACUACCGAUUCAGUCACGCGGCUGCGCGGCUGGAGAAGCCCGCUUGGGCGGGAGCCACGCAUUUUGAUGAGGUGCCUUACGUGUUCGGCAGGCCGCUUCGUCAUCCCGAAAGCUACACCGCAGAGGAAAAGGAAUUGAGCGUCGCCAUGAUGGACACUUGGCUUUCUUUCGCCAAGUAUGGGAAGCCGAGCUCGCCAUCUGGUGAGCCCUGGCCCAAGUACUCCUCUGGCCACCCUGCGUACCUAGACAUCACAUCCAAGGGUUAUCUAACUCGGACGGGUCCCAGGACCGAAAGCUGUUCCUUCUGGAGGACGUUCCACAACUUCGACCUCUGGAGAAACACCGCCAGGAUGACCUCUUGA